ACUUUGACCGGCACUGAAGCGAGCACCUGGCUACGCUCUAAUGCCGCCCCGCUAUCUCAACUUUACGCAGGGUGGACCAAAUACAGGAAACCAUUCUCUAACCUGGACUGACUUAUUGAUGACAGUAGGGGUGUUGUCUAUGAACGCGGAUUGAAUAUUGCAAAAUCUAAAUCAUACCUAGAUCACGUUUGUUCAGGUCGUCAGGUGAUCGCAAUAACAAGUGGACUCUAGACCAACCAAUUGGCGGGAUCAUCUUUCAAUCAUUUAGCUAUUUCGGACACGACGUCAUAGCUGUGUUUCACCUACUGUAUAAACAGUGUUAAACUCAUGUCAUGGCGGCUUGACGGGCGACGCCCUAAAACUUUUGUCCGUCUUGUGAGAACUGUACUACUUCAAGAUGGAACUCACAGAAACGACACUACCUUCCAACUUCUUAACCUCCUUCAAAUGGAGUGAGAGGUCUAUCGCACUCGGAGUGUUGUUAGAGAACUACCGGCUGCCGCAGGUGGUGAGGGUACCGCGGGAUCACCAGGUACGGGUCGGGGCCGUGCAGCUGGCGGGAGACCAGCACGUUCUGCUGGGAGAGGCGCGGAGGGUGAGGCGGGUGGUGGCACAGGCGGUCGAGCUUCGCAGUUUCCUUCCAGUCGGGCCCAAACUCAGCAUCCCUUUGGAUUUCAGAGGGCGAUUCCUCUUACUGCCGCUAGAGGGCUGGCAGGCCGGUGUACGCCACUUUGAGACGGUGUCCGAGCUCACGGCCUCCUUCCCAGAUAAAGUCUACGCAAAGGAAGACAUCCAUCUGGAUGUCUUCGACGGCAUAGUGAAGACGCCGGACAAGAAAAAGGUCGCCAAGACGUUCAAACAUCCCAUCGUUCAACGCGGUGACGUUCUGACCCUACUCGCUGUGAAGAAAGCGUAUCGGGUGUCUAAGACUACUAAAAAACCCAAGAAAGGCAGCUCCAAGGCGGUGGAUUGUUUGAUUUGCGCCAAUCAGAAGAACGAAAGGGUGGCGCUUCCCAUCUCGUUCCCAGGGAAGUUCGUGACGGUUCACAACAUUGAAGAGAUUGUGAAGAACUACCGGCUGCCAGUCAUGGUCCAACUGGUGCAGGGGCAGGCUCCUGCUGUGGACAACUUCACCGGUGUUCUGACACUGAUGGAGACCGGCACAGACCACAGCGUGCAGGCCCGGCUGGUGUCCCCGGAGGGGGAGAUAGACACGGAACCGUUCAGAAUCCCCGUCAUCGGCAAGAAAAUUCAACUCGUCCCUCCCGAGGCGAUGCUACUAAACACCGCAGAGUACAAGCAGAACUUAGCGGACUGGCUCGAAGGCAACUGGCGAGGACCGCCGGCAAAUGGCCACGUUAGUAACGGCUCCGUGCUGCUGAGGGAAACACCACGUAACGGGGAGCUCAUGACGGUACAAGCGACCCUGCACCAGGAAACGCCUUCCGAAGAAGUUGGGAGACCGUCAGCGGAGGGCGACGUUACUACGGCCGACAGCAGCAGUCGCGUCGUAUCGGUGGACGGCUCUAUCUACGAGUACCUCGAAGGAUCGAAUCCUCCAGAGGAAAAGCCCGAGGUUCGCCGGCACGUUACUCUGGCUGAAAUCGUUCUCGAGGACUCGUCUACAGACCCUCCUGACGCGCCACAAGAAACGGUCGAAAGUUCCGCUGACAGAGCCGAGGGCGCCCCACCAGCGCCGGACUACCCCGCCCCUCUUCCCCCGGCCCCCAUCCUCACCCCCGACGUCGCUCCCCCUGCCCCCGACUACCCUGCACCCCUACCGCCCCUCCAAUUAGAGACACUUGCCCCUCUGGAGGCCCCACCUCCUGUUCCUGACAAACCCAUCAACAUCCCGGAGCGUGACUAUGACCCAAACCCUCCCUCUACUCCCGCGCCCCCUCCCGCCCAGUCGGAAGACAAGUACGGCUACAUGAUCCCGUUAGACAACGACGGGCUACCAGUGCGUGACUACCCCCCAGAAGCCGACACCCCCUCGGAAACUACGGCUACCACUCCCCUCGCUGGAGCAGCCCUCACCAGUCAGAUUCUUGCCAUGCGGCAGAAGAUCCUGACAGGGGAGACCAAAACGGAAGACACCGAAGAUGGGCAAGAAGAUGAGGAUGAGGAUGAUCCCGACUGGGAACCUCCUACCGACCUGACGAUCAUGACGCCCCGGGAGGUCACCAAGUUCCUCCGACUGGCAGAGAUAGAAGAGGAGGCCAUACAGAGGUUCAAGGCCGCGGGGGUUGACGGGAAGAGACUAGUGGGCAUGCCCAGAGAUGAAAUGACAGACGAGUUCGAGCUGACCUCACAGCAGAGCAAAGAUGUCUUCAGCUUCAUACUAGAGUCGCAAAUUGCAACCAAACUGUAACUUGUGGGAUCGUGUGGCAUAACUGUAGGGUAUGUGACCCAGAGACCAGUAGUCCCGGGUUCAAAAUUUGUCAUGCCACAAAUAUUAUAUUUUGCCCUUGGGAAAGACACUUACUUUCUUUAUUCCACCCAGGUGUAAAAAUCCGACUUCGGUUGGGAAAGAAAAGGACAGGACUCCGCCUGCCAAUACCAUGCCCUCGACAUAUUGGAGAACAAUCGCCCCUAAGGCAUCAAAAAGGCUAUGGAACUACCUUAUAAAGCCUAUUGUUCUUUGUAUAUGGCACUGUUAACAUACGUUUCUAAUUUAAAGUGCAGUGCCACAGUGUUCUUGUCUGUCCAAAAGUAAAU